UUGUACAUGCUGGAAUCGCGACUUCAAUGCUGGGAAAAACAUUCUCUACCUGGGAGAAUGUAUCAUUAACCAAGAAUAAAAACACGAGAAUUUUCACAAAUAAGAUGUCAUUAUUUCAUUUAUGGCAUCUGACUGGCAACAGUUUAAGUGCGAAUUAAAAACUGUGGUAGCCCUGUACGGUCAACUGUCAAUAAAAUCACAGCCAUGUGGUAACAUUGAGCUUAAUCAAUCUGUUUGGUAACAAAUAUACCUACUUAUCAAAUAUUUUCUCUAAUAAAUAAAUAUCUAAUAAAUAUCUUCUCUAAAUUUCUAGAAAGUAGCUGCGUAGUGGUGUUAAGCAAUAGAACACUUUAAUAAUGCGGUUUUUAUGUGUGCAACAAAUAUAGAGGCGGUGAAAUCGAAAAGGAAAUGCGACGUUCACUAUAAAUGUAAGAUUGACAACACCUUGAUGUAUUAUAGGAAACGGAAUAGCGAAAAAAUUAGAAUGAUAAUAAUAUAUGAAAACGCCGGCGCCCACCAAACAUAGCACAAUCGACAUUUCGUGUUUACACAUAAUAGUAUAAUCAGAAUACACCCUAAUGUCGAAAUCACAAGCUUCGUGCGGGUUUGCUACUCAGCAGGUUCCUUCGUUGCAAAAUGAAGAACAAAUGGUUCUGCAUUUACACAUGCCCAACAAAGGCAUGCGGCCUAUCAAUAUCAACGAGGCAAACGAUACUGUACAGCAUGUAAUAGAACGUGCUGUGCGUAGUUUAAUACCAGGUCAUAUGCCGAAUGCUCAUUUUUAUGCUCUCCGAUUGAAUAACGUUGUAACAAAGGAAAUAUUAUGGAUGACCAGGUCAACGGGAAUGAAUCAGGUCAUGAGAUACAUAUGGUAUCCGAUUUGUCCAAAUCUUGAGUGUUCCAGUUAUGAAAAUACAAGAGUGAAGAGUAGCAAUAGAAAUUCGGUAAAUAGUGUUUGGCGGGCUGAGCUACGGAUACGUUACAUUCCAAAUAGUUUAGCUGAAUUCUAUGAGGAGGAUAAGACAAGUUGUUUAUAUUAUUUUGAUCAAGCCAAGCAAGAUUACGUUUUGUCGGACCCCUCAAUCGAUGUCGAUACGGCGAUACUGUUAUGUUGUUUAAGUAUCCGGCAUUACUUUAAAAAUACGAUCAUCAAAGCCCCAGAUAAAAAACAUCAUAUUGACUAUGUUGAGAAGGAAAUUGGUUUAAAUUCUUUUCUUCCUAAAUCUGUGAUAAGUUCAGUAAAGCCAAAGAAUUUGAAAAAAUUAAUUCAAGCUGGAUACAAGAAAGUGUAUAAUUUUACCGAUAUUGAAUACAUAAGCAAGUUUUUUGAACUUCUGCAAUCAUGUAAAAUUAAUAGUUACGAAAAGUUUUCAGUAACAUUAAGCUCAGCAUGGAAUAUAUCCGGCAUUCUAUACAUCGGUCCACAAAUCGGAAUUUCCUAUCAAACUCAUCCACAAGCUGACCUGACUGGCGUCGCAACAUUCAAAGACAUAAUAAAAAUUGUAACACUUGCUAUACCCAGAGAUAAUGUUAGCAAAGAAUCCAAAAAACCUUUUCCAAAUGCUACUAAUGCAGAAGACAAAUAUGAUCCAUGCAAAUGUUGGGAAGUGAAAACUCAACUGAGAAUAACCACUCGAAGCAACGAUGAAGACUUAGUCAUAACAUGUGAUGGCAUAAAUACGGCUGAAAGUAUUGCCGAUCUUAUUGACGGAUAUUGCUGUUUAAUCCAUGGUAGCAGUUAUGUUUCUAUAUGGGAACGGAACGACGGUAAUAGUAUAAAUAAUGGUUUAAAUGCAGCGACAGCAGCUUUAAAGGAGAAACAAAAUAACGGAAUAGGCAAGACAAAGAACAACAGCGGAGAUUCGACGGACGGUGGAGCGACUACUCAAACUUGCGGAAAAUCAAAGCCCACCUUAACUGAAGAUUACGCUGAAAUAGGUCUAAUAGAUGAAGAGGGAGACUACUCUACGCCAACGGCUCGAAAUUACGAAUUAGAAAGAUCUCAGAUAAAUCUCAAUGAAAAAAUUGGUGUUGGCCAGUUUGGUGAUGUUCAUAUAGGCACAUACUUUCCGAAGGCUAAGAAGAAUGCCAAACCAAAUAUAUUGGGUAAUAUAGAAAUGAAAUCGUCUGUAAUUCAAGUGGCAGUCAAAACGUGCAAAGCAAGCGAUGAUCCACAAAAAAUGGAGCAAUUUCUAGAGGAAGCAUAUAUAAUGCAAAAAUUCGACCAUCCACAUAUAAUAAGGCUAAUUGGUAUAUGCAGUGAGUCACCAAUUUGGAUUGUUAUGGAACUAGCACGUCAUGGAGAACUCCGAGCCUAUUUGAAGACCAACAGCAAGAAGCUAAAGCGUGGCACUCUGCUCCUCUAUUGUUACCAGUUAUCCACAGCUUUGAGUUAUUUGGAAUCUAAGAAGUUCGUACAUAGAGAUAUUGCGGCACGAAAUGUGCUUGUGAGUUCGCCGACGUGUAUCAAGCUUGCUGAUUUCGGUCUCUCACGUUGGGUGUCGGAUCAAUCAUAUUACCAUUCGAGCAUGUGUAUUUUGCCAAUAAAGUGGAUGGCGCCAGAGUCGAUCAACUUUCGUAGAUUUACAAACGCAAGCGAUGUUUGGAUGUUUGGUGUUUGUGCAUGGGAAAUUCUUAUGCUGGGUGUUAAGCCAUUUCAGGGUAUCAAAAAUAGUGAUGUCAUUACCAAAUUGGAAAAUGGCGAACGUUUACCGUUGCCAAAAGAUUGUCCGCCGCGAUUGUAUUCGCUUAUGUCACAAUGCUGGGCGCAUGAGCCGUCUAAACGACCUACGUUCCAGAGAAUUAAAGAAACUCUCUAUGAAAUUUUGGUGGAUGAAAAAAUUAGCGAUUCUGAGACGAUGCGGCGCGAAAACCGGCGUGUAGCAGCAAUGUCUUGGAGUGGCUGUGAAGGCGAUGUACCACCAGUAAAACCAGCUAGAACUCCCUUCGAAGGAGAUACCGCACUGCAGUCAUCCAUAGUAAGCGAAAAGAACCAGCUGAGCCCACAAACGUACAUUAUUGCUCAAAAUCCCGAAGUUUUAGCCAGGCUAAUGAUGGAAAACGAAAAUCGCAGCAUUAAUCCAGCAGCUUAUACAACACCAGCUUCGGUAUUUAAUACAUUAGCUGUAGAGAUAGAUGAAUCUAAAUCAACAAAAGUCCCAAAUAGUACAGAUGUACCAUUAAAAAUGACCAAAUUACCAGCAUCCGAACUGUUGAAAUUAGAUCCGAUUGUUAAUGAGCAAUGUUUCGCGCCGCCGCUUAGCCAUUCAGCUGGUGGUGCUGCAGUUAGUCAAACAACAGAAUCUUUGCCCCGUACCAUGCAUUGUAGUUGUUUAGAUAUAAAAUGCACUUUUCUUAAUGCCAUGCGUCCCGAAAAUUCAAAUAGUUUACGCGGCCAAAGACCCCAAAUGCAAAAUAAUUUUGUUUUAUAUAAUCCACAAGCAAAUAUCUACGAUUUUCAACGCAUGCCAACAGAUCCAAAGAUUUCUAAAUCUGAGUUGAUACGAAGAUGCAACAAUCCAAAUUCGUAUGGUAGUUUAGAAAGAAAUCAAGACACUUUUGUUAUUGGCGCAGUGAAGUCAAUGCAAUCGAAGGGUGGUAGUCUUGAACGUAACCAAUCGAUUUCUAUUUCAAAUAAUUUAAUGCACGAUUGGGUCCAACGUAGUAGUAGUUUAGAAAGAGAAGAGAGAAGAGAAUCAAAUAGCUUAGAACGAAAUAUUUCAUAUCGCACAUAUCGUAAUCAAAUGAAAAGCUCGAUGGAGGCGGAACCAUUACAAGAAGAAAUAUACGAUUUCGGUGGCAGCAAUGUGAAAUCGUGUGCCACAACAAUAAGUUCGCUUAAUCGUAGUCGCCCAUUUGAUAUGAUUCCACGUAUGCUGCCACAACGAAAUUUGAUCGGAAAUUGCAAACGUCAGACCGUAAGCGAACAAUUUGAUGCAAAGGUCGCACCUAACUCUACCUAUACUCCAAUGGCACCUGGUAAUAAAGUCUUCACAACAAGCUAUGACAUGGCAAGGGGAGACUUCAAUAUGAUGACCAAACAAUGUCCCUAUCCAAUUAGCGAAAAUUGCGAGUUGAAAACGGCAAAAUAUACAGAUAAUAUUCAUAUCACGCAGCAAGAAGCAGCAGGUACAAGCCAGGAUGUCGCACACGCGGCUGAGUGUCAAUUUGGCGCACAGAAGAAACGCCUCAGCCUAACGUCAAAUUCGGAUAUAAAUGAUACGAGCUAUUUUAAUUGCAAUCAUGGCCCAUCAAGUUUACCAGAGUGUUCACCAAGUAUUAGUAAUACCCUAGGCACUUCACGUCCCCACACCCCAGAUUCCAAGCUUAACACCUUGAAGAAUAGUACAUCCUCCAUAGAAAAUUCGACAUGUAGUAAUUUAAAUGAUACAGCAAGUGAUUCAAGGCCAAAAAAUGAAGUAGCAUCUUCCAAGCUAACUGGUGUUGGUAGCAGCAAUAAACCACGUGUGGUAGUCGAUCGCAGCAAUGAUGAAGUCUACAUAGCUACCACGAAUGUGGUGAAGGCAAUAAUGACACUUUCACAAGAUGUUGAAAAAUCAAAUGCCAAUAACUAUUUAUAUUUGGUAAGGAAUGUUGGAAUUGAGUUGCGUACCUUGUUGGCAUCGGUAGAUAGGCUGUCACAGGUUUUUCCAACGCAAGCGCAUAGGGAGGUUGAAAUGGCCCAUAAAGUGCUAUCGAAGGACAUGCAGGAUUUGGUAGCAACAAUGCGACUUGCACAACAAUACAGUGAUACCACCCUCGAUAGUGAAUACAGACGGAAUAUGCUGUCUUCAGCACAUAUACUAGCCAUGGAUGCGAAAAACUUAUACGAUGUAGUGGAUUCCAUACGUAGGCGACAUGACAUCUUUCUACCACCACCUACGCCAUUGCAAGAACGAGCUCGUUCAAAUCCACUAACCUCUUCGUUGGGCGAAUCUACUACGAAUGUAGUAACGAAAUCAAUCGAGCAUACUGACUUAACGAAUCAGGAGCCAAAUGUAACUUUGACCGAAGAUGGCUAUCAAGUAAUGUCCAAUAGUAAAUUUCAGAAUUUUAACAAUUUUGUAAUCGAAAAAGACAACAAAUCUGAUGUAGAACUUACACAGCAACAACAACAACCGAACAUUGCGAGUCUACACUUGGCAAGCCACAUAAAUAACGACGGAAUUGUGAGAAGGUCCAACCUCGCAUUUGAGCAUAUUAUGCAUAACACGAAUGAACAACUACAAAUUGUAGAACAUACAGAUUGUUCAGAAUACGAUCAUUUAUAUUCGAACUAAUUUACAUACAUGCUAUGUAUGUAUAUGUACAUAUAUGUAAUCUCUACAAACAAAAAAAAAAACAAUUUAUAUACAAUAUUUAUAAUUUUUUAGCGAAACAAAAAUUUUCAUUUAACUAUUACUUUUUAAGAGAAGUGAAAAAAGAUAAGAAUAUAACAAUAUUGAAUAUUUUGCAUUCAAACGCACUCACUAAUUUAUAUUUUUAAAAUUUACAUACUGAAGAAGUUUUCAUUAACAAUUUGUCUAAGGGCUACAUACAGUCGAAUCAAUAAAGUUUAGGUACAGUGAUUUUUUUGCAGUACGGGUAACUGUUUUUUUUUUUAAUUUUAUUAUUUUUUUUUUCGCAAAUUUUUUAUAAAAAUUUGGUUAAUUCUACGCUCAAGACCCCAAAAAUCCGAGCUCCAAACCUUAUGCUGAAUUAAAGAAAACUGCAAAUUUUCAUCAAAAUAUAAAAU